AUGUAUAAUAAUCUUGAUGCAUUAUUAGUUUAUUUCGAUCAAACAAAUGAUGUUAACAGGUGCUUUAUUUAUUCAACAAUGAUUGAUAUUCCAUCUAUUUACGAAUACUUCCUUUCACAUGGUGCAAAUAUCGAUGAAAAAAAUGAAAAUGGGUACGCAGCUCUUCAUAUUGCAUCACGUGAUAAUAAUAAAGAAACAGUCGAAUUCCUUCUUUCACAUGGUGCAAAUAUUGAUGAAAAAGAUGAAUGUGGACACACAGUUCUUCAUCAUGCAGCAACAAAUAAUUCUAAAGAAACAACUGAAGUUCUUCUUUCACAUGGUGCAAAUAUCGAUGAAAAGGAUGAAAGUGGAUUCAAAGCUCUUCAUAAUGCAACAACAAAUAAUUCUAAAGAAACAGUCGAAAUUCUUCUUUCAUAUGGUGCAAAAUAA